AUGCCUGAGAAAUUAACCAAUGUGACCCUAAUAACAACAUUCUUGCUCAUGGGAUUCCCUGAGGAUCAGGUGCUACAGAGACUUUAUGCUGCUUUCUUCUCCCUGGUUUACCUGGCGGCGCUGAUGGGGAAGCUCCUCAUUAUCACCCUCACCACCAUUGACCAGCAUCUCCAAACCCCCAUGUACUUCUUCCUGAAGAAUUUGUCUUUGAUUGAUAUCUGUUACAUCUCUGUCACUGUCCCCAAAUCCGUCAUGAACUCUCUGACCAACAGCCAUUCCAUCUCCUUCGUGGGAUGUGCCUCACAGGUUUUCCUUGUUGUUUUCUUUGCUGGCGCAGAGUUUGCCCUCCUUCUGGUGAUGUCCUAUGAUUGCUAUGCAGCCAUCUGCUGUCCUCUGCACUAUGAGGACCUCAUGAAUAGAGGUGCCUGUGUGCAGAUGUAUGAACAGCAGAAAAACUAUCAAGAAAAGGAAGACAUUGGGAAUCAACAGAAACCUAGAAUUUUGAAUCAUAGCAGACUGGAAAAUGUGACCAACCAGUCAGCAGGGAUGGAAUUCUUCCUCAUGGUAUUCUCUGACACCAGAGAGCUCCAGGUUUUACAUGGCUUUCUGUUUUUGCUUAUUUACCUGGUGACUCUUAUGGGAAAUCUCAUUAUUGUCCUGAUUGCUCUGGAUUAUUGUCUUCACACCCUCAUGUACUUCUUCCUGAAGAAUUUAUCACUUUUUGAUGCCUGCCUCUUUUCCAUCACACUUCCAAUUAUCCUGAACUCUUUAUCCCACAGUGACACCAUUUCUUUCUCGGGAUGCAUAUUACAGGUAAUGUUAGUCAUUCACUUUUCUGGGUCUGAGCUUUUCCUUCUAACUGCCAUGUCCUAUGACCGCUAUGUGGCCAUCAGUCACCCACUGCACUAUGAUGUCAGCAUGAACAGGAGAGUCUGUGUGAGGAUGACAGCUGCCUCCUGGUCUCUUGGGAGUAUCUUUGGGGUCUUAUAUUCAGCUGGUACUUUCUCUUUAUCUUUCUGUGGCUCCAGAAAAUUUCCUCAGUUUUUCUGUGAUGUCCCCUCCCUACUGAAGAUCUCUUGAUCAAAGUCUUAUGUCAUCAUUGAUAUUAGUGAGGCAAUUGGGGUUAUGUAUGCACUUUUCUGUUUAGUGUCCAUUGGCUUUUCAUAUAUGUACAUUUUCAGUACAGUGCUGAGAAUGCCAUCAUUCCAAGGGUGGUCAAAAGCCUUUUCCACUUGCACACCACAUGUCAUAGUUGUAACAACAUUUACUGUGACAGGCACCAUUGCCUAUCUGAAGCCAGUCCCUGAUUCUCCACAUCUUGUGGAUUUUUUGGUGUCUGUGUUCUAUUCUGUGUUGCCUCCAUCUUUGAACCCCAUAAUAUACAGCCUAAGGAACAAGGAAAUCAAAGCAGCUGUGAAGAGGUUUCUAUGGAAACUAAGUCAUUAUACAUUCUAUGGGGAAAAACAAUAA